UUUGGAUAUCCGCUGAUGUUACACACUUCAUGAUAAAAAGUAAAUGGAAUCUUUCUUAUAAAUUUGGAUGUAAGUCCAAUUACGUUGUACAAAUUACUAAAACACUAACUAAUUGCUUCUUGUGAGUUGUGAGCAUGGUAGGGUAGGCAACCAAAGAUGAGCCCAAUGUCUUAAACAUUAUAAGUAGUUUCUCAUAUUUCUUAUCAUGCACGUUGAACCUUGCUUCACUCUCUAUAUUCUGUCUUGCUUAUGGGUUACUGAGAUGUGAAGUUGAGAGCUCUAGGGUACUUACUAUGAGGACCCAAAGUGAUUUGCGGUGGUUGGUGGUUGUUUGAUGAAUUUGGUAGCCAUUGUACAGCGGGCAAAAUAUCUUACAAGAUGGUGUUGGGCCCACCAUAUUUUGUCCACAUUCAGCAUGUCAACCUUCAACUACAAACACGUCCAUGUUCUAUAUAUAUUUAAGACCAUAAUCCCACGUGAUGAGAAACAAGAAACAUAGUGAAAUUUUGAGUUCAUAAGAAGGAAAAAACUGAACUGAGUUGACUUUAAAGGUGUCUGCAUCUGAAAAAGGAGGAGCAUGAAUUCAGACAUGGGAGACAUCGAUCCAGCUUUCAUACAAUCCACAGAACACCGUCCCAGAGCUACCUUUGCGGAAGUUGGUGAGAUUCCAAUCAUUGACCUCUCAGAAAGUAGAGAAGAACUCAUCUCAAAGAUUGGCAAGGCAUGUGAGGAGUGGGGAUUUUUCCAAGUAAUCAAUCACGGGGUACCUUCUGAAGCUAGCACAAAGGUUGAGUUGGAAGCUAGAAAGUUUUUCGAGCAAAGCAUUGAGGAAAAGAAGAAGGUGAAGCGAGAUGAAGUUAAUGCAAUAGGAUACUAUGAUGGGGAACACACCAAAAACGUAAGGGAUUGGAAAGAGGUGUUUGACUAUUAUGUUGAGAACACAACACAGGUCCCAGCUUCACCUGAGCCCCAUGACAUGGAACUCACCACUCUCACCAACCAAUGGCCCCAAUACCCUCCUCAUUUCAGGAAAACAAUGCAGGGGUAUGGUGAAGAGGUGGAAAAGCUAGCCUACAAUUUGUUGGAGCUUAUUUCGUUGAGUUUGGGUCUAGCUGGUGACAAAUUCCAUGGCAGCUUCAAGAACCAAAUCAGCUUUGUGCGGCUCAAUCACUACCCCCCUUGCCCUUUCCCUGACCUGGCACUUGGUGUUGGUCGCCACAAGGAUGCAAGUGCCUUAACUGUGCUUGCCCAAGAUCAUAUUGGAGGCUUACAAGUUAAAGCAAAGUCUGGUCACUGGAUUCCAGUUAAACCCACCCUUCAUGCAUUUAUCAUCAAUGUGGGAGAUAUAACUGAGGUUUGGAGCAAUGGCAAGUAUGAGAGUGUGGAGCACAGGGUGGUGGUGAAUGCAGAGAAGGAAAGGUUGUCCUAUCCAUUCUUCUUUCUCCCAGCUCACCACGUUAUGGUGAAGCCGGCGGAGGAGCUGGUGAAUGAGCACAACCCUGCAAGAUAUAGAGAAUACAACUAUGGUAAGUUCUAUGCUAACAGAAAUCGUAGUGAUUUCAAGAAGCGUGAUGUGGACAAUAUCCAAGUUCAUCACUUCAGGAUCUUGGAUUAAUUGGCGUUCUCAGUUUCAUGCAUGUCAAGUUCUGUUCUGCUGUUGGAAACCAAUAAAAUGGUUAUCGUUUGUUUCUGUUAAUAAAAUAUUGAACUCUAGUCCUGGUCUCUUUGCACACUGUUACUCUCCAAAAGCAGAAUAGAAUCGUAAACAGAAUACUGAUUAAGGCACGUCUUUUAAUUUCUGAAACGUUGAGCCAUGGUUGCCCUGUUAAUUAGCAUAUAUAUAUUCUUGUGCAAAUUUUCCUUCA